AUGGAUUCUUGGACCGAAGGCCAUACUGGUAUCCAUUUUAGGGGAGUCUUUCUCCAUCAUAUUGAUCAAAAUAAUGAAUUGUAUGUGUUUGUUCUUGGCUGCUAUCCAUACGACGAGGGUGAUCAGAAAGCUCCGACUAUUCGUACGUUUGUGGAGAAGUGUCUCGAGGAAUAUGGAUUGCAACUAAACAGUGAAAAAUAUGUGAUGAGUGAUAAUGAAAAUAAGAUGAAAAGUGCCUUCAACUUUCAAUGUAAACGCAUUGGAUGUAGUUCUCGCUACUUGAACAAACAAUUAGAACAUGCUUUCACCUCGGAGACAGUCGACAAACAACUAGUCAAUUGUGUUGAAGUUCAAACAUUGUUCACGCAUGUUAAAGCCUUAGUCACACAUACCUACAGUGAUACGAGAUUUAAUGGAGCUUUUUACAUGCUGAAUGUAUUCCUGAUGGUUUUUGACGAGUUGUUCCCUGUUAUCAACAGCACUCAUUUAGAAGAAUUUGCCAGUAUAAAUAAAGAUCUUCUUCAAGAAAUAUGUGAAUUCUUGAUUCCGUUUGAUACAGUGUUUCAAGAGUUAAGCGAAACAAAUAGACCCACUCUUCAUCGAGUAAUUCCAUUGCGUAAAUAUCUGCUCAAUUGCUGUGAAAUUCAACCCGAUGAUCAUAAUGGAAUUCGAAAACUGAAGAUAUUUUUAAAAAGACGGAUUGAAUGUUCAUGGAUUCUCACAGACGAACACUACCUUGCAACUAUCGUUCAUCCUAAAUUAAAAGACUUUCAAACAGGAUCACCGAGUGAUAGAGAAAAAGCAAUUCGUUUAUCAAAAGCUGCGAUUCAAAACCGAGCAAUCUCACAAUUGAUUUCUUCUUCAAGUUUGUCUCAAUCAUUCGAUCAAUCUUCGGCAAACAACUCUAUGUCCAGGAAAAAUAAUAAACCAUCCGAAAAAAGAACAUAUUAG